AUGAAGUUCUUCCUGAGCACUCUGAUCCUUCUAGUCAUGGCGGUCUGCGCUUUCGCCGCAUCUGAAAGCCAGCAGCCUGUCAUCAUCUCGUACCCGCCCGGCACUCCAGAGCAUGUUCUAGAAGAGGCAAAGAAGGCGAUUAUCGACGCGAAGGGCACAAUAACACACGAGUACAACAUUAUCACAGGCUUUGCCGCAAAGGUUCCUUCAAAGGUGCUGGAUUCUAUCAAGACCCUGGGACAGAAGUACAAUGUCUUGAUCGAACAAGACCAAGAAAUGAGCAUCAACAGCGGUCACUAA